CACAGACCCAUACAGUUAACAUCUUGCACUGGAUCUACUAGGACACAAGCAUCUUUGAUUAUGGCAUUUGCACAGCCAACCAAAAAAGGAUCUUGGUUGGAAGAAAAAAUUCUUGGGUCAGGAGGAUUUGGUCAAGUUGUUCUGUGGAAGAAUGAGGACACAGGAGAAUAUGUUGCUGUGAAAAAAUGUCGUGUUCAGAGUGAAAUGACACCAAAGCACCGUGAGCGAUGGAAACUGGAGGUGGACAUCAUGCAGCGGCUUAGCCACCCCAAUGUUAUAGCCGCGAAGGAUGUGCCACCAGAAAUUAAUGUGAUGGCAGGGGAACUCCCACUGCUAGCCAUGGAGUAUUGCUCAAAAGGAGAUCUACGCAAGGUGCUUAAUAAGCCUGAAAAUUGUGUUGGACUAAAAGAAUAUGAAAUCAGGUGUCUAGUGAAAGACAUUGCUUCAGCCAUUGAAUAUCUACAUGGGAAACGUAUCAUCCACAGAGACUUAAAACCAGAAAAUAUUGUUCUUACAGUGCAAGAGGACCAGACAGUAUACAAAUUGAUAGACCUGGGAUAUGCCAAGGAACUGGAUCAGGGUAGUGUUUGCACCUCCUUUGUUGGAACUCUUCAGUACUUAGCCCCAGAGCUGUUUGCGAGCCAGAAGUACACGUGUACUGUAGACUACUGGUCGUUUGGUACCGUCGUGUUUGAGUGUAUCACAGGAUUCCGUCCAUUCUUGCCACAAGUUCCUCCUGUCACUUGGCAUAGAGAAGUCUGCAAGAAAUCACCAGAAGACAUCACAGCAUUCUACAAUUCAGAAGGAGUGGUGAAAUUUUCCAAGAAAAUCCUCACACCAACUCACUUAUGCAGAAGUAUGCAAGCUUACUUUGAACAGUGGUUAAGACUGAUGUUGCGAUGGGACCCUAAGGCAAGAGGAGGGGGGCUCUCCGAGGGCAGACCACAAUGCUUUAAAAUUCUGGACACAGUGCUUGGCAUUAAAGUAGUUCACAUUUUGUAUGUCGCCAACAAUCAACUAUUAUCCUACCCACUGGCAGACAAUUAUUCCAUGCAAGCACUACAACAAAACAUUGAAAAGGAGACAGGGGUCAAAGUUGAGGAUCAAGACAUUCUAUUGGCUAGUGGGGCAUCACCAGACCCAAACCUUGGUGCCAACCAGUGCUGGACUGCUCCAGGAGAGGAGGACUGGGUGGUGUUCUUAUUCAUCAAGGGAGAGAACCAGGCCGUGAAAAGUCAAUAUAACAAACCGCUUCCUGUGAAUGUACAGAACAUUGUGAAAGAUUCCAAAACAGCACUGCCAUAUAAUGAACAGAAGAGGGCGUGGGCAGAAGCUGUAUAUUUCUGUAAUCAACAAGUUGUAGAUUUCAGGAGACUGAUUCAGAGUCAACGGGCAGCAAUGUUGAGUUUACUACGAAAGAAUUACAGUUUUGUGAAGAUGAAAAACAACAUGGUCAGUAGCUGUGAUCACUUGCUGUCAAAGAUGCAGUAUUUUAACGAAUGCUUGGACCAUGACCUAAGUUUAUAUGAAAUCCAGAAAUCCACCAGAAUGCAAUAUGCAGAAGGGGUGGUUGCAAAAUGGAAGAGAGUUGGACAAGAAAUAGAAAUUCACAGAAAUCUUAAAGAAAAAGUGACAAGGUUGGAGCAACAGUCUGUAGCACUUCAGACCAAAAUCAUUGAAUUACAGAAAAGUCCUUUUGCUUGUGCCAAACAGAAUGAUGUUCUAGAAGAUUCGGAGAAAAAAGCUAUAGCUUUAUACCAUGACAUGAGACAGGCUGGCAAAAAUGGGAGCUCGAGAGAUAUUUACAAGGACCAUACCUCCAUGGUUCAAAUUGUUGUCAAAUGUCUCAUCACCCGUGACAAAAGUCUAGAGGAUCUCUUCACACACUUAAGGAAAAUCUGUGCCUGCAAACAUGAGCUCUUCCAGUUAUUACCCAGCAUUCAACAGUGUUGUGAACAGAUAACAGAGGCCACGCAAAAACUUCUCCAGGCUCACAAACAGAGGCAGUCAGAUAUAUGGAGUCUAGUCCAGAUGGCUGUUCAGUCUGAAAUUUCAAGACAGGAUUCCAAGGGAAGUAGCUCCAAUAACUCAUGGAGUGUAUCGUCAUACGAGUCCAUGAAAGUAUGUGAUGAUAAUAGGGAAACUGUCAAAAAGGUUGAUGACAUGAUAGUCAGUGUAAUGAGAGAGCAAGAGGAGCAUUUGUCCAUGAUGGAUUGGAGCUUCCUUCCUCCUGCAAAAGAGAGUUCAUCGUGAUUGUGUUUUAGCAUUGCUCAAACGAACUGAACAUUCCAGAGACAGAAAACAUUUUAUUGGGGAAGUGCAAUAAAACUUUGUUCUACAUACUGGAAAAAUAAGAGACAUGAACUUUGAUGGAUGAAUUGUUUCAGAUUUUUAUUAUUCAAGUUGGUCUAAAAUUCUUGACACAUAAUGAGAGGAAGAUCUUCACAUGAUGACAACUGAUUUAGAACUGCUUGGAUCUCAUUUUGAAAUGAUCGAGGCUUUUGGAGGGCCUUGGAAUUAAAGAGUUGUGAUGAUACAUGAAGAUAAAUACAUUUAUCUUUAGAACUUUGUCUAACUUGCUUUUAUCUAAAUGUACUCUUGGCUCAUGAAAAACGAGUUGGGUCCAUCUUUUUUUAACUUGAUGUACAUGUAUUUUAUAUUAGUCUUGAAGCUUAAAUUCAGGAGAUAAAUGGCUACAGUGUGAGAAAGUUGAAUUGAUUGUAACUGUCUAAAAAUUAACUCAUAUCAUGUUCAGGGGAGAGUCCUGGACCUUAACUUAUUGUUUAAUAACUCUCUAUUUUAGGUUUGUAUGUGAUGAAUUAUUAUGACGUCAUAUAAUGCAGUAAUAACAUUACUCAGUGAUACAUGUACUUCUAUUAGAUACUUUUUGCAAUAUUUGUUAAUUAUUGUCAUUAAUCUCAUGUAAUUGAGAUUCGAGAUCUGUAUUAUGUUUGAUUUGUGAGGUUUUACUACUACUACUACAUGUGUAUUGAUUAGAUUGCUUAACUGUGUAAAGGCUGUAAAUUUUCCAAACUAAAGAAACUAUCGAGGUCAAUUUUUCCUUUAUCAUCCAUUUAGGUGUGACAUGUAAAAUUUAAGAUAUUACUUUUAUGAGAGGCAAAAAUGAAUCAUAAUUUUCAUCCUUUUCUAUCCCAGGGUUAGGAAUAAGAACAGCUUUCUCAGGAAACAGUUUAGUUAUGCUCUCCUUUGAAGAAAGGAGGGCAUACCGGUAUUGCUUUGCUGCUGACCAUAUGUUUGUCUGUUGGUCGGUCAACCAACAAUUUCCAUUCAGAGGUUGCACAUACUGAAAUGAAAUUUGAUAUACAGAUUUAUCAUAAUAAUUUCUAAGUCAAAUUAUGGGUAUGAUCGAGCCAUUCUUGACAGAAGCGUGUCCCUUGGACAUAGAAAAAUUCCAAUUAUUUCCCAAGGAAUAAGAGGCAUAAGUGUUUCACUAAUAUCUCUUGUUUACAUAUGAUUUCUAUACUGUUUUGUAUUUCCUGGUCACAUACUUGCAUCAAGCUUGUGCCGUAAAAUCCCUUUGCUGUGAACAGUGCAUUAAUUGAAUUUCAAGAUCAAAUAUGACAAUUUAACACAUCUGCUGUUUGCAGCCUUAAAUUGAUUGUAGUUUUUUUUAAUAACUAUUGAUGCUCAUUGAAUUAAAACUGAACUAAAAAUCUACAAAACAUUUUUUUCUCAUAUAAUAAAUAUGCAUGCGAUAUGUGGGCCAUUGGAAGGGAUAUAGACACAAAAUCUGCCAAAUCAACCCAUCUAUGAACCUGAAAUCCUUUUUAUAUGCCUCAUGUGGAUUUUUCCUCAUAUUCUGUUUGUUAUUAAAAACAUGAAAUGGCCGUUUCAAGUAUUAUGUGACUGAAACAAGAACCCCAAUUCCUUGCAUUAAUUGUUUAUUGUAUAUACAUAGUGGUGAGCUAUACACUCGAUUUGUACAACUGAAUUUUAUUGUAUUAAGCCAUGGACAAUGUGUCUCAUGAUUACAUACCCCCACCCCACAUGAAGUAAUAAUUUUACAGCAGACUUACAUGCAAAAAAAGAAAUGAACUGUGAUACUCUGUAGCUUUGUUAGGGAUUGUAGUUAAUGGUGCUUUUUGUGUGCAUUGUUCAUGUUCUGAUUAUGAAAUAUUCACCAGAAAUACUGUAUACAAAAGGCGUAAUGAUAAUAAAUAAAUAUAUUAAAUAUU